GAUAUGUCGUGUUCCGUCAUCAUCUUCCCGCGGGUGUGCGACGCCGCCCGCAGUAUUCUCCGCCGCAUGCAAAUUCCCCGUGGUGGCCUCCCUCCUCCAACUCUGUCGCCCGUCUCCCACGCCAAGACUUGUUUCUCAUCUCAUCUCAUCGUGUGUUAACUCGAGUCGACGAACAGCGAAGCAGCUUGAGGUUUCCACCACCCGUGAAGUAGGGUAAAAGAAUCCGGACAUAUCUUUCAGGUUGGAUUUGGAUCUGAUGUUGAGGAGAGCGAUUCGUAGCUAUGGAGGAACGUUCGCGAGAGCAAUUGGAUCGGCAGGCGGUGCAUAUGGGGGAAUACCGAAGGAGACGGCGGAUGUGGUGGUGAUUGGGGCCGGUGUGGUGGGGAUUGCAGUGGCGAGGGAAUUGGCUUUGAGGGGAAGAGAGGUGUUGGUGGUGGAGGCCGCAUCGACGUUUGGGACUGGAACUAGUUCUAGAAACAGUGAGGUCAUCCAUGCCGGGAUCUAUUACCCUCCCAAAAGCCUCAAGGCUAGUCUUUGUGUAAAAGGAAGGAAAUUGCUCUACAAGUAUUGUUGUGAACGAGGAAUCCCCCAUAGGCAGACUGGUAAAAUAAUCGUGGCCACAAGUUUUGCAGAGAUUCCAAAGUUGGAACAUCUGCUAAGGAGUGGGAAAGAGAAUGGCAUUGAAGAUCUGAGGUUGAUGGAGGGCUUUCAAGCUAUGCAGAUGGAACCAGAACUUCAGUGCGUCAAGGCUUUGCUAUCUCCUAGUUCUGGCAUAGUUGACUCUCACUCAUUCAUGCUCUCUUUGGUGGGAGAGGCUGAGAAUUCUAGGACUACAUUCUCAUACAAUACUACUGUCAUUGGUGGACAUAUUGAAGACAGUUUUCUCCAUCUCCACAUUUAUGAAAGCAAGGGUUUACAAAAUGGCACCAACGAUGCUCAGUUGCUGCCUCAGUUUGUACUGAUACCUAGGCUUGUAAUUAAUGCAGCAGGCCUUUGUGCUGUUCCUCUUGCAAAGAGAUUUCAUGGCAUUAACCAAGGAAUUCUUCCUAUUGCUUAUUAUGCUCGUGGUUGCUAUUUCACUCUUUCUAAAACCAAAACUCCUUUCAGCCACUUGAUUUAUCCACUACCAGAAGAUGGAGGACUUGGAGUGCAUGUGACACUGGACUUGAUUGGCAUUGUUAAAUUUGGGCCUGAUGUUGAAUGGAUUGAUGGUGUAGAUGAUAUAUCUUGCUUCACUAAUAGAUUUAACUAUUGUGUCAGCUCGGAUCGAUCGGAAAACUUUUAUCCUGAAAUAAGAAAAUAUUUUCCCAAUCUGAAAGAUGGAUGUCUAGAACCUGGAUACUCAGGUAUUCGACCAAAGCUCUCUGGCCCAGGAAAGCCUCCCAAGGACUUUGUUAUUCAGGAUGAGGACAUCCAUGGUGUUCCUGGACUGGUUAAUUUGCUCGGAAUAGAGUCACCUGGCCUGACAUCCAGCUUGGCAAUUGCACAGUGCAUUGCAUCAAAGUAUUCAAAAUGAUUCUUCCCAGCUGCUUGCUGUCCGGUUGUCUAUUCUUUUCUUAGUCUCACCGGCUGCUGCUGCCUAGUUGCUCUUCCAUUCAUGUGAUUCAACUUAUAAUAUGCAUCAUAAAUGGGUCUAUUUCCAAAAAGAAGAUUGCAGUUAACCAUGCUUUGAUCGACUUAGCCUUCCUCCCAAACAACAGAAGACCCACCCAUUUGGUGAUUAAGUUUGCUAAGAGAGAG